AUGCCUUCGUAUCUUGUCACCGGCUCAAGCCGUGGUCUCGGCCUUGGCUUUGUGACCGAGUUACUCAAAGGAAAGAACAAUGUAGUAAUCGCAACAGCGAGAAACACGGCAGCCUCCACUGGUCUUCAAGAGCUGAAGGGCAAGCACGGAGAUGGACAGCUGCACCUCAUCGAUCUGGACGUCACCAACAUUGAGAGCAUCCAGAGAGCCGCCCAGGAGACUAGCCGUCUGUUGCCAGGAGGCUUAGACAACCUAAUCAGUAACGCGGGAGUGAAUCCUAACCCCUUGACUUCAUUUGAAGAUAUUGAUGUCAAUGAGUUUAUUGACGAGGUCAACUUCAAUUUGACCGCCACUCUGCUGCUCCUGCGUGAAUUCAUUCCAUUGGUUCGCAAAAGCGUGGCCAAGAGAGUGCUCGUCAUUUCAUCGGUGUUAGGCUCAACUGAGCUUGGCGCGAGUAUGCCGAAUCUGCAGAAUGCAUACUCGACUGCCAAAGCUGCUUUAAAUAUGAUGGUGCGCAAGUGGAGCGCUGUCCUUAAGGACCAGGGUAUAACUACUGUUCUGCUUCAUCCAGGUUAUUCCGCUUCCACUGAAGUUGGAAGCGGAAUUGAAGAGUGGAUGAAGACAUACGCUCCAAAUGUCCCCCGGCAGACCAUCGAAGAAUGCGCCGAAAGUUCUAUGAAAGUGCUUGCUGGAAUUACUCCAAAGGAUAAUGGCAUGUUUUAUAAUUACGAUGGGACAAAGCUACCCUGGUAG